AUGUCUAUACCCGUACAAUUCCAGCUUCAUCCAGCUGAAUGUGGAAUGCCUAGAGCAGAGUUUCACAGCAAAACAUCCUGGGCUGCUCUAACAGACCCAUUCACCGACCAUGGAGAGAAUGCUCAACACCAGAACCCGACACUUAUCAGCAGCCAAAUUACGUGUGCUUUACACCCUACGUUGUCCGGAAAGGGCGGUGUCUUCCGGACUUUAAAUCGAUUACGAAUGAAGUGA